AUGGUGGGGGCUGAGGAAUGGAGGAGCAGCGUGCAUCUCAUCUCUUGUCGUCGGUCGCUCUUUGGGGUCCAGGGCCCUUGCAUCCCCAGCGUGGCUCGGAGGCAGCGAGACCUGCCUGAAAUUGAUUGGAGGGGACUAGAGUGUGCUUUUUUCCUGGUUAUAGGAAAUUACACCGGCUGUGUCAACAUUUGUCAAUGUGAGGACAAAACUACCUCCGAUUCUGUUUUUCAAGAACAUCAGCACGAGGGCCACAGCGGCGGGCGCCCCUGGCGCUGCCCACUCCCCCGCGAGCCGCGGGAUGUGAACCACGAAAACCCUCACUCGCGGCGGGCCGCACGCGCGCCGAAUCCGGAGGGUCACCAAGAACCUGCGCACCAUGUUCUCGCCGCCUCCACUGCCGAGCUCGGCAGCCGCUGCGCCGCCCUUUGGCACCAGAGAUUUGGAAAACAAGCGAAAUUAAACGAAACCGCUGCACGCCUCCGACGCGACAUCUGGACACGGCGUGGCGCUGGCGCUGCGGGAGCUGCGGGCUCGGCCUGGCGCCGGACUAGCCGGGGCACAGGAAAAGCGGUCCUGUCUGGGAACAGUAAAAGCAGGGCAAGGAAAGGAAGGAGCGGCAGAAAGGAGGGCCAUCUCAGCCUCAGCCUGGUACUGAACCCUUGCCAGAGAGGUAGUGUGGUCCUUUGGAGGAAAGAAGAAACAAGUUGGAUAUGGACAAGAUGUAAUUUCUUCUGUCAAGGAACCCACAGGAUAACAGGCCUGGAACAUGGAGACUGUUUUUCUGCAGAAACCACAUCCCUUGGAGUAAUGAGCUACACCUACCUCAAUUAUUCAGUGCAGUACAACACUCCAGAUAUGGAGAAGAGGUGCAACCUUGCUUAUGAAAUGAGAGGGCAAAUAUGGGAAACUUUGAGAUUGGCUUCUCACACAUGGCAGGAAACAUUGCUGCUAGCACUUCCCGAGUUCUACAUCCUACAACAUCCACCACUGGUGAGAGAUUAGCUUAUGGUUUUUCUGGUGAAAAGUUAAAAAUUACCUAGGGAAAGUCUGAUUGUCUCAGAUUGGAGAUAUUGCCCAUCUCUGGACCAAUAUACUAUUAUGUGUGGCUGAUGGGACUAUAUAAAAACAUGGAUAUUUUCUUGGAAUCACUUGGCUUGACUGUGAGAAAAGCAUUCUCAAAACAAAGUGAGUGCAAUUUAUAGAAGGUAGUAGA